GGGCAGACCCCCAACUCGGGUUGGAACCCUGAUUAGACGGCAGCUGGUCGUGCUCGAUAGUUUCAGCGGACGGCUUGCUGCGUCUAAAUAUUCCUCCUCACGCGGUUUGCUGCGUCUAAUAUUCCUCCUCACGCGGACCGGGGGCUGGGGUGGCUGGGGUGGCUGGCACCAGCAGGGUUCGAAGCAGGGUUCGAACUCUUUCAUUAGAUGGCCGCCGCUCCCCCCGCCUCGUGGGGUUGUGAGGAGCUGUCGAAGCUGUCGAUGAUGCGGCAGAGCUUACGUGUACCCCGUUCCUUGCGAGCGUCAUUUUCAAUAGCGUACGUGGAAGCGCCAGCGCCGUCGAUCUGUCUCGCCAGCUUCAGAAACGAGCAAUCGAAGAAGACGCUAUUGUGGAAGAGGCAACGGAGAGGGGAAGUAGUGUCGGGAGGGGGUGUAGGAAAAGGAGGGGGAGGAGUAGUUGAGCAGUCCUCAUCCGAGCAGCAGAGGGGCAAGAUCGGACGACCGGUCGGCUGCCACCCACGUGUCCUCCGCUGCUGCUCUACUGGACGUUCGAUCAUCUCCGUUCUGGAAUGUGCGUUCGGUCACUCCCGAUCCAGUCGGUCGAGUGCAACUGGUCCUGUUUCCCGUCCUGGUUCCGGUCCUGGUCGAUGUUUUGGUCUUAGUAGUCUAGGUUGUGGGUCUUGCCUUGGUUCAAGCGAGGUUCUUGAGACAGGCGGGUCGGUAUUUCCAGGGUUGGGACUGGCGGUCUGCCGACGGCAUUGUCGCGGAAGGUCGCGGGAUCGAUCCCUGACUCCGCCGUUCGUGCGCAGCUGGGGCAAGGGAGCAUUAGGCGGGUCUAGCGCUGACCAAGAUCGCCAGAUGGCGGCCUUAGGGCCCAAUGGGAUGGACGGCUCAUCGUCGGAUGCUAGAGGGCAAAGCGGGGGGGCCGUCGAUCCACUUCCACAGGGCUAUAGGGCCAAUGUGGGCAUUUGCCUGGUGAACGACGAAGACAAGGUUUUCAUUGCAACUCGGAUUGAUCUACCAGGGUCCUGGCAAAUGCCGCAGGUAGGAAUGUUGAUGCGUGCAUGUACUGACCUGUGGGUUUGAUGGCUAUGAUCGUAUAUAUAUUUAAUAUUUAUUUAAAGUAUUUUACUAUUUUUCCGUUACUGCUGCAACGAAAAUGAGCCAUCCGAAGUACGGAAAUCAAAUGGCAUCAUCUCA